ACUAACUAUUUCACAUUGCUUGAGACUCCUACUUGCUUUUCUACGUGCCCAAGCGGGGUGAAAUUACCAAAGACCAAAAUAAUACAAUAUGCGCUUUGAAGACCGUUUAUCAGAUUGUCUGACAUAUUCACGGACCUAGUCUAAGCGGCGACUUGUUUGUUGGGGAUAUAGAUUAUAUUGGAAUCAAGACGGAGAGGUCCCAUUUUUCUACCGUUUGAAGAGGCCUUGGCUAUCUUGGUAAAUUACUUGGAUAAGUGUUUCUUGAAAAAUCGUGGAUUGUUGAGACUGAGCCGGGACCAGCCCAGAGAAAGGCGAUGGGGCUGUUGGACAAGUUAGCAGGAUGGCUGGGGCUGAAGAAGAAGGAGGUGAACGUGCUGUGUCUGGGUCUGGACAACAGCGGGAAAACCACAAUAAUCAAUAAACUCAAACCAUCCAACGCGCAGACACAAGAUAUUGUCCCAACAAUCGGCUUCAGCAUAGAGAAGUUCAAGACAUCGAGUUUGUGCUUCACGGUCUUUGACAUGUCGGGCCAGGGCAGGUACCGGAACCUGUGGGAGCAUUACUACAGAGAGGGCCAGGCCAUUAUAUUUGUCAUUGACAGCGGAGACAAGCUGAGAAUGGUUGUUGCCAAAGAAGAACUUGACACACUCCUAAAUCAUCCAGAUAUUAAACACAGAAGAAUGCCGAUUUUGUUCUUUGCAAACAAAAUGGAUCUUCGCGAAGCGCUGUCUUCGGUGAAGGUUUCCCAGCUUCUCUGUCUGGAAAACAUCAAAGACAAACCCUGGCACAUCUGUGCCAGUGAUGCAGUGAAAGGUGAAGGCUUGCAGGAAGGCGUAGACUGGCUACAAGAUCAGAUCAAAACAAUGAGAACGUGAGAGGUUAAGAGGACAGGAGCUGUGUUGGUGUGACACAAGCGCAGCAAGCACAGUUCCUGCACGCCCAGUGUGAGGCUUUCCGGAGGAAGCAGAUUUGGCAUGACCUAUGACCCCCCUUGUCCGCCUGGAUCGAUGGCUGGCUGUAGUGACCAGAGCUGGGGAAGGGAGAUGCUGAAGACGGGGGGAGGCUUGACUAUGGUUCUUAACUUCUUUCCUUCUUUGGACUGUGCACAGAUAAACUGCUACAUCCGCGGGCUGCUAAAACGGGUGCUGUUCAUGCUUUUUUGUUAAUGCCAAAUUUUGGCACCCAAAAUCAAGAAGAUCUAGCCAGAUUUAUUUUUGUACCAAUUUAUCACUUUUAAAUGGUACACUUUUACUUUUAGUAAAAUUAGUAUCAGUUGAAUGUCUCAUAGCUGAAACAGAAAUUAACGUCAGACAUUACUCUUACUGGUUUAUGGAUAUAUUUAUGUGAGAUUAUCUGCAAAGUGUUUGUUUAUUCAUAGGGCAGUAUACCGGUGCCUUAUUUACUGUUAUUUUUCCCCCUGCUCACACUCAAAAUUAAUUGGCUGUUUAUAAUGCACGGAAAGCAAAUUCCCUACAAGGUUAUAGAAGACAAUAAAAAGUAAUGUGAAAGGUAAUUAUGAAAAAAUAAUUUAAAAAUUGAAUGGUAUGUGGAUAAGAGCCCCGAAGAUGAAGUUAACACAGCUGCCAUUGGAGUUGAGGGUGAACUGCGGUUUAUCACUGUUACUGUAGGUUUUACAUUUUUUCUAGCUGGCAAGCACUCCGUGUUACUGGUAAACCCUGUGUUCGGUUCCCUCGUUUGCCUGUAUACAUCAACAGUUCUGUUGUGUAACAUGUAAAAUAGGCCCCAAGGUGUGCAUGCGGUGUAAAAUGGCCUCGAUGACUAGGCACACCUUCAUUCAAGAUUGGCAUCUCGUCCAGAUCUGCGUUUCUUCAUUGAACCACAGACCUGAUCAUAAAGGGCAGCUUGGGCAUAACUACCAUCUUGGCAGCCAUGUUAGGCUGCGAAUCUUUUUCAGCGCUUGGCGCCACCAGCAUGAACGUUGAACAAGAUUGUGAUUUGCUUCAGAGGGCUUUCUUUGUUGUUCCACAUUGCAUCACUGGGCAGAGCUGUAAUAUAUCCUAAUAUUGUGUAGAACAGCAAAGUUUUAUGUCCUGUUUUUACUGUACUGGGAAGGGAGUUAUUGGCCACUUCUAUUUCCCCUGUAGAAUAACACUUUUGGCGUGUACAAAUUUCACUGUGCUGUAAUAUCUGACUAAGUUCAUCAGUCAUUUCUCUCUCUGCGGAUUAGCUUGGCCUUGCUCGACCAACCGUGUUCCGACACCGGUCACCUGGACCUACUAGGGUUGCAAGGCCACCGCAAAUCUGCCCAUUUCUAUUUAUUCUUCAUACAUUCCCUUUUAAUCACAGACACAGUUUUAAAAAGGCACCAUGGUGUUGCCCAACCAAACUGUUUGCAGCUUAAACUAGUAAAAACCCAACUUGUGAUGAUAUGAAUGUCACCACCUUGUAAUUCCUGUGAUGUUUGUAGACGAUCAAGUAAAGAAUUACGAUCUUG